UUUGUGUCUGUGUGUAAGUGCUGCAGCUGCAGAGUUCUGUCCUCUGCAAAAAACACUGCCCAUGCAAAAAUACAAAGAAAGCAGAAAACCCUACCUUUUUCUUUUUAAUGCAAUCAGAGAGGUUAUGAAAAAAGGCAUCUGCAGCUGCUUCUCUGUUGCUGCUGCUGCUUUUCCUUUUGUCUUGUGAAAAUCCGAGCUUCUUUUUCUCUCCCUUCUCUCUUCCCUUUGGGGACUUUCGUUGAGCACUUGUUGCGCUUGCCUUUUCAUCAUGAGGUUUCCCUCACUUUCCUGAGGGAAAUGGCGAUCCUCAUCAUGGCCAAUGACGGAGACAAGCCGAUCUUCCACGAUUUCUUCGGGGCUACAUGCACGGACUCGGCUGCCGUCCCGGCGCCGGCUGCCAAGAGCGUCGGUUUCCGGGAAAUCGGAGCUUCGGAGGCGUCGCCUUCCGUGUCCGUAGGAGCUUCUUCCGGCGCCCAUGGCCCUGUCUCGGCCAGUUCUGAUCUGGGUUCAGAGAGGCAGGUUGGGAACAAUUUUGAGGGGGUUCAAUUUCAUGGUGGGAAGAGUGAUUUCUCAGGGCCUGAGAUAAGUAACAGAUUCUCGGGAACAAAGAGGAGCAAUUCAGACUCAUCCUUUAUGGCUUCGUUGAGAGAUAAGAUGAUUCAGAUGGGACCAGAUUCUGUUGAAAGUGCACGUCUAAUAAAGAUGUUCCAAAACGAGGCAGCGGGAGAUCGACCAAGAAGAUCAAAGGACGAUGAACCGUACUUUGCUAUGCAAUACCCAAGGCCAGCUUCUACUUCUGUCAUAUUACAACCGCCCAUUGGUAGUCGACCUGAUUUGGUUGUUUCCAGUUGGGAUCGGUCUAUACCAAUGCAUGCAGGUCAAAUGAUGCAUUACCCUUCCCGCCUCGGCCAAUUCGCGACUUCUGCAGAUAAGCUUCCUGCAAAUAGAUAUAAGGAUGCUAGUGCUAGUACUUCACUUAUUUCUCAACCUGCAGCUGAUGAGGGUUCUAGAACAGGCAUUAAAGGCUCUGGCCUUGUGAGUAUCAUUAACACCAGCAGUGGAACUGCUGAGAAAAAUUCAUCUGGGGUGUUGCCUUCUAGCAAUAGACCAAAGGCCUUUCCUCAGAACAUUGAAACGGAAACUACUAAUCCACCAAGCCGCCGUAGUUUAACAUCUGCCAGUCGUCAGAUGACCAUAUUUUAUGCUGGACAAGCACAUGUCUUCGAUGAUGUUCAUCCAAACAAGGCAGAUGCAAUAAUGGCCUUAGCUGGGUCAACCGGAGGGUCAUGGUCCACAACUUAUUCCCCAAAGUCAAGUGCACGCCCACUACUUGUCAGUGAAGCCCACACACCGAGUGGAGAGAAUGAAAUGAGCAUCAACAACAUAGCAUUAUCGCAUAAUAUACAUGGCAGGCUAUCUGUGCUGGGAGCUUCAAAUCAUGGAUUUGGCCAAGGUGGACGAAUCUCAAUCCCUGCAUCAGGAGGUGAUCAAGGCAGCGGGCCAGUUAGAGAUAAUAGAACUGCGGUUCAAGCAGCAGAACCGAAUACCGAAGGCAAAAGAGAGAAUCUGAAGUUCGGCAUCUGUUAUCACUUCACCUUUCAUCUCUCAUGGCAUUUCAAUCCGUCAUCGUUGCUCGUAGCUGCUCACACUUUGCCUUUGAAACCAUCUCCAGGUGCUGGAGAUCUAACCAUUGUUGCUAUAUGGACUGACCCUUUGUGUUUUCUACCUUCAGUUUGAAGGUCACAGAUCAUGUGGCUAGGAUUCUUAGAUACGCAUGUCUUUCUAUUUAAACCCAGAGAGUUCCCCAAAACCUUGUAUGGAUUGCCAUCUAGCAUAUUGAUUUUUUUUUUUCUUCUUCAAAAUAGUCACUCAAUUGAUGCAAUCUCUCCAGCAUGUGGCAUGGUUAGAAGUGGAGAGGGAUUAUUCCAUCCUUGACCAUGAAUAUGCAUUGUCUCUUCAGGUCUUGGAUCUGUAUUAGAUAAGCCCAUGACGUUGAUGAUCAUACUGCUGACAUGAUAAAGUUCUGUCCUGAUUUGAAAAUACCAGUCUUCCAAGCUUUGGCCUCUUCCCCCUAUUUCCAGGCCGUCUAUCAGGGUGUUAAUUGAGCAAGUCAUUCUGCAAAUAUGUGAGAUAACAGGCCUUUAAUCAAAUGCCCCACCAUAAACACCUCUGCAAGAUCUGAGCCUUCAUUCAGUUGCAGGCCCACAUUAAAAUGCCUGACCAAAUGGACGAUCCAACCACCAAGCGGGCUACGCAUGUGAGGUGUACAUAGGGUCUUCCCCAUAUUCACGUGCGCUUCAUUGAUCUUCCUCUUUAAAUUUCUGGCCCACUGGAUUGGCGUAUCAGCCCUGCAUCUGAUCUGGAGUGUGCCUGUGGGAGUCCCACCAACUUGUGUGUGACAAAGCUUGCAUCAGGCUUUAUCCAUAAUCCAUCUAAUAACUCAAUCAAUAUCUAUCAGCGCAACAUCAUCAAUAGACCAUGGCUGAAAAAUCUCCUCAGUCAGGCUCGCUAGGAUUUUCCAAUUUUGGAGAUUUUGAGGGCAUGAUCCAUCCAUCAGGGGGCCAUCAUAUCAGUUACUUGGGUAAGCCAGCCUUGGUGCACGGAAGGGAAGUUCCCUCUUAGUUACUAACAGAGAACCUGGACUCUAAUCCUAUAUUUAUUUAGAUAAUUUAUAAAAAGGAAGAUAACCUGCCUGAUGAUGAUUGUUGCAACAAUGACAACCGGUGUUGAUGAUGACUUAUAAAAGAGAACCACAGUUCUAAAACUCGCAAGGUUGACUCAAAACUUGGGACAAGUUGACUCUACCAGAUUUCCAGCAAAGUUGCUGGGGAACUUGGUCUUGGGCUUGACUCAACCGCAACUCAUCGAUUUGACACGACUCGCUGUGAUGUGAACUGAUUCACUCUACAAGUCACAUGUGUACAUGAAUAAAAUUACAAGGGGUGGAAGGAAUCAAACCCACAUCUACCAUGGGGAGAGAUGAACCCAACCAGUGUAUUGUUGCCUAUUUUUGUAUUUUAUGUUGCUUGUUUUAGCUAUGUUAAAUGCCUAUCCAUAUCCUCUUUUUCUUUUCUUUUUUUCUUUUUUAAAAUUUAUUUUUAAAUUCUAAGUAUUAAAUAUCAAGUAGAGUCCAGUUGAGUAUUUGAGUUUAACCUGACCCGGUUGAACAUUGAGUCUUUAAGUUUUUGAGUUUUUUGAACCACGAGUUAUGAAGAGAACAUGACUUGUGCUAGUCAUGAAUCAGUCCACCCAAGUUGUAAAAUAAGGGCCAGCCUGUUGAAUAGACUUGUUUCCAGCAGAGGGAAUAUGUCUAGGACAUUGAGAGUAAGAAACGGUUAGGAUAAUCUUAUUUUGGGACUCAUCUUCUUGGGUUGAUAUCUUUAAUGAAAGAGUCUAUUUCAUUUGUAUUA